AUGUCGGACGUUGUUUCUAACCCGACUAUCCAGGAAGCUCAGCUUCUAGUACCGAAGCUGUUAAUAGCUAGGCCUUACGUCUGGCCCUUUGCAAUCAUUUAUCCAAUUUUUGCUCAGAUUUAUCUUAACUACUAUGAUCAGUAUAUCGGUGGUUCGGAGUGGACUUUUGUUUACUUGAUUGCUAUCUGUUCCUUGAACGCCUUGUUCUGGCUUAUGCCUCACUGGAAUAUUGAUGUUGAGGCUCGCUUCAACUACGUUCCUGUAAAGACUAUUGAGGAAGCAUCUCACAUCAAGAUCACUCCAACGGUGAAUAGUGGUGUGGGCGAAAUAUGUCUUAUCAAAAGAGAGGUUUUCGCUGAUGGUGAGAAACAGAUUUCAUUCUUGUACCAGAAGAGACGUCACUUAUUUCAUGAAAAGACGGGUAGGUUUUCUCCUCCAGAGUUCAAGAUUGACGAGUUGCCCAAGUUGGAGUACUUCCAGUCCUCGAAGGGGUUGCAAGGCGAUUUGGAGAAGGUUCAACGUACCUACGGUAAGAACAAGUUUGAUAUUCCUGUGCCAACGUUCUGGGAGUUGUUUAAGGAGCAUGCUGUGGCUCCCUUUUUCGUCUUCCAAUUAUUCAGUGUCGCUUUGUGGUUGAUGGAUGAGCAAUGGUAUUACUCCUUGUUCUCUUUAUUUAUGUUGGUCUCUUUUGAGAUGACUACUGUGUUUCAGAGAAGGACUACGAUGAAUGAGUUUCAAAGCAUGGGUAUCAAGCCUUACAGCAUCCAUGUCUACAGAAACUCGGAAUGGAUUGAGUUGCAGACUGAUGAAUUGCUCCCGGGUGAUAUUGUCUCUGUUACAAGAACAAGUGAGGACAGUGCUAUUCCAUGUGAUUUGUUAUUACUUGAUGGUUCUGCCAUUGUAAAUGAGGCAAUGUUGUCUGGUGAGUCUACCCCAUUGUUGAAGGAAUCUAUCAAGUUGAGACCAGGUGAAGAAUUUUUCCAGCCAGAAGGUUUGGAUAAAAACAGUUUGCUCCAUGGUGGUACUAUGGCUUUGCAAGUUACCAAGCCUGAGAACCCUAUUAUUCCUAAUGCUCCUGAUAAUGGUGCGUUGGCCUACGUUUGCAAGACUGGUUUUGAGACUUCUCAAGGCUCUUUGGUGAGGAUGAUGAUUUUCUCCAGUGAAAGAGUGUCUGUGGGUAACAAAGAGGCUUUCAUGUUCAUCUUGUUUUUGUUAAUCUUCGCUAUUGCUGCUUCUUGGUACGUAUGGGUCGAGGGCAGCAGAAUGGGUAGAAUCCAAUCGAAGUUGAUAUUGGAUUGUAUUAUCGUCAUCACGUCGGUGGUUCCUCCUGAACUACCAAUGGAAUUGACAAUGGCUGUGAACUCUUCACUUUCAAGUUUGCAAAAGCAUUUCAUCUAUUGCACUGAACCAUUUAGAAUUCCAUUGGCUGGCAGAAUUGACGUUUGUUGUUUUGACAAAACAGGUACCUUGACUGCAGAAGAUUUGGUAUUCGAGGGUUUGGCUGGCUUUGACAAAAAUGAACCACAUAAACUCCGUACUUGUGAAGAAGCUCCUACGUCUACCUCUUGGGUGUUGGGUUCCGCUCAUGCUCUCGUUAAGUUGGAUGAUGGUGAUGUUGUGGGUGAUCCAAUGGAGCAGGCCACAUUGAAGGCUGCCAAUUGGUCUGUCGGCUUCAAGGACUCCGUUGAAAGACCCACGGCUAAAGGGAAGGCUGAAAAAAUCAAGAUCUUGCGUCGUUUCCAGUUUUCAUCUGCCUUGAAGAGAUCCGCUGCUAUAGCCUCUAUCAAUUCCUUGCCAGGUAAAAAUUUUGUUGCAGUUAAGGGUGCCCCAGAAACUAUUCGUCACAUGUUGGUUGAUGCUCCUGAAGAAUAUGAAGAAAUCUUUAAGUCUUUUACCAGAGCUGGAUCCCGUGUUUUGGCUUUGGCAUACAAAGAAUUAGACACUAGUGUGAAUGUUGUCAAAAUCAAAAGAACUGAUGUUGAAUCUAAGUUGCACUUUGCUGGUUUCAUAGUCUUUCAUUGUCCUUUGAAACCUGAUUCCAUUGAAACGAUCAAGAUGUUGAAUGAAUCAUCACACCGUUCAGUCAUGAUCACAGGUGACAAUCCUUUGACCGCAUGUCAUGUGGCAAAAGAAGUUGCCAUUGUUGAAAAGGAGGUUUUGAUUUUGGAUUUCCCUGAAGACCACCAUGAGUUUUCUGAGUCUGACGUUUUGGUAUGGAGGAAUGUCGAAGAAACGAAACUCAUUCCAUUCAAAAGUGGUGAUGCUAUUGACCUCGGUCUCUUCAAAAAGCAUGACAUCUGUCUUACGGGUCAUGCCUUGACUCAUCUCACCGAACAUCCACAAAUCUUAGAUAUUUUGAAGCGCACUUGGGUCUAUGCUCGAGUUUCGCCUGCCCAAAAGGAGUUUAUCUUAACUACCUUGAAAGAUGCUGGUUAUAACACCUUGAUGUGUGGGGAUGGUACAAACGAUGUUGGUGCUUUAAAGCAAGCCCAUAUUGGUGUCGCAUUGCUCAAUGGUACAGAGGAAGGUAUGAAGAAAAUGGCUGAAAACCGAAAGAUUGCUAGUAUGAAGGCAGUUUAUGAAAAGCAGGCACAAAUCAUGGCCAACUGGAAUCGACCACCUCCACCUGUGCCCGCUUUAAUUGCUCACUUAUAUCCUCCUGGUCCUCUCAACCCCCAUUAUAUCACUACUUUGGAAAAGAGAGGUGUUGAGAUCACCAAGGAAAUCAGAGAAAAAGUUGCCCUUGCUCAUCAGAGCAACACUCAGCCAAUUGAAUUUGUGAAGGAUGAAAGCGGAAAAAUUUCAGGCAGCAAAAUGGCAGACAGCUUGUUGGCAUCCAUGAGCGGAAUGGAAGACGAGGAUGAGGUGCCUACCUUGAAAUUGGGUGAUGCUUCCGUUGCUGCACCCUUCACGUCCAAAUUGUCUAAUGUGUCCACAGUUACGAACAUCAUUCGCCAGGGUCGCUGUGCUUUAGUCUCAACCAUUCAGAUGUACAAGAUCUUGGCAUUGAAUUGUUUAAUUUCAGCCUACUCUUUGUCCGUUUUGUUUUUGUCGGGGAUGAAGUUUGGCGAUGCCCAGUCUACUAUCUCAGGUGUCUUGUUAUCUGUGUGUUUCUUGAGUAUUUCUCGUGGUAGGCCGCUCGAAAAGUUGAGCAAGGAAAGACCACAGGAUGGGAUCUUCAAUAUCUACAUUAUGGGCUCAAUUCUAGGCCAAUUUGCGAUCCACAUCAUUACGUUAAUCUACAUUACUCAGGAAAUCUAUGCAUUGGAGCCUAGGGCUCCCCAAGUCGACUUAGAAAAGACUUUCGAACCAUCCCUUUUGAACACAGGAAUGUUUCUCCUUCAAUUGGCGCAACAGGUUUCAACCUUUGCUGUUAAUUAUGUUGGCUUGCCAUUUAAAGAGAGUAUAAAAGACAAUAAGGGCAUGUGGUAUGGUCUCUUGGGUGUUGCCGCCUUGACUUUGGCUGGUGCAACUGAGUUCAUGCCGGAGUUGAACGAGACCAUGCAGUUUGUGCCCAUGAGCGAUCUUUUCAAGAUGAAGUUGACAGGUUGUAUCCUUUUAGACCUAGGUGGAACCUGGCUCGUGGAGAUUGUCCUUAAGCAUUUCUUCAUGAACUCUGCCGCUGCAGAUAUUUGCGACAGAGAAUAA